GGGAUCGCGGGCCCGCGCGGCCGCCCGCGCGCGACGCGGCGCGGGGGGGGGGCGGCCGCCUGGGCGCGGCGGGGGCCGUUUGCCCGGCGCCGCGACCGCCUUCUCCCAGGGAUGACGUCCUCAUACGCCUCCGCCGCCGUGGAAGCUCUGCUGGCGUCGCCGCGCAGCAACACGGCGGCCCCAGAGGAGAUCGACUUCGUGGCCAUCAAGGAGCUGAUGACCGCCAGGCACACGGUCUCGCUGGUGGACCGUCACGUCGCGGCGAUCCGCAAGGUCUGCAAGACCUGCUGCAAUGGCUUCCUGCUGAAGCACCUGCAGCACCUGGUGGAGCUUCUGCAGCUCACGAUCCAGCGGUUUUCGGAGGGCCUGAUCGAGUUCGCCCCUGCCAUCUGCGACUUCACGCGCGUGGCCUCGCAGCCGCUGGUGAGCUGCAGGGCCUCUGACAUGAUCACCUACGGCCACCACCUGCCGGCCUUCAUCAAGGUCCUGGUGAGCGUGCUGCAGUACUCCUUGCCGCCGGAGGAGGAGGCGCCCUCUGGCGGCGACCAGGCUGAGGCACUCCGCAUCUUCGAGGAGCGCCGCGCCCUCUUCGAGCGCAUCCGCAUCGAGGUUGCGCACACGCUCGCGUGCUGGUCGCGCUUCGGGCUUGACGAGGACAGCGUGGAGCCGCAGCCCGACCAGCCGCUUAUCCAGGCCGUGGCAGACGCCGGCACCCCCAACCUGAGGAUCCUCCGGCACUCGCAGGUGAUCGACGCGCUCUCCGCUUCCUUCCGAAACGAGGACAGCCCCGAGGCGAUCGUGAUCACGCUCGGCGCCAUUCGGGACAUGUCGCUGUACCGGCCCCUGUCGAAGCAGAUCACCAACUGCGGCCUCAUAUCCAACCUCGUGCACGUCGUGCGCGUGAACCUGCUGGGCUCGGACGUGCUGCUGGUGGCGGCCGAGGUCCUCUGGAACGUACUCGAGCUGGACUUCGACGGGGCAGCCGAGGCUCUCGGCCAGGCAGACAUCAUCGAGGCAUUCGUCGUCGUCGCCCCUGUCCCUGCACCCCCUUUUUGCGCCCGCUCUCGCUCCUGCUCCUGCUCCAGCUGCCGCCGUUCACCCUCGCCCUCCUCUAAACUUCUCAACGGGAGCGCGCGGAAACGCGCCCUCAGCACCAGGAUAGUACCCUCACCCUGGCACCAGCCGCACUCCCAGCCCAGAACGGCGCUUUCGGUUCAGCACUGGCCACCUUUCCAGCUCUACCAGCCUGGAACAUAUCCCUAUCCCUAUGCUGGGCAUCUCCUCAUCACGAUGCCAAUCUUAGGGAUUCCCUUAUUUUUUGAGGGCGCAUCCCUAAGAUUGUCAUCGCCUUUCGGCGUGUCAAUCUUAGGGAUAGGGAUAAGUUCGAGGCUGGUAACAGCUGGGAGUGCAGGUCCCACCUCAGCGCUGGCCAUAUCUCCAGCUCGGCGUGGUGAUUGA